GACGAGACGCGACCAUUAUUCCCCUCGUCCUCGACUCCCCCCUCCUCACUCCACCCCUCCACACUCCCACUCCGCCACCCAUCGCCAUCUGCUCUCCUCCCUCCCCUCCACUGCCCGUCUCGUGCUGGCGGCGAGCGCGAUGGCCUCCCUCCGCGCGUCCCUCCUCCUCGCCGCGGCGCUGUGCGUGCUUGCGGCUUCGGGAGCCGCCGCGUCCCGCGACCUCCGCCCGCUCCGGUCCGCCAGCUUCGUCGUGCGCGGCCGCGUCUGGUGCGACACCUGCCGCGCCGGCUUCGAGACCCCCGUCUCCACCUACAUUGCCGGAGCAAAGGUAAGAGUUGAGUGCAGAUCGAAAACCACUGGAUUGAAGUCAUGCACCUACGAGGGGCACACUGACCGCACUGGCACUUACAACAUCCUCGUCACUGAUGAGCACGAGGAUGAGCUCUGUGAGUCCGUCCUCAUCAGCAGCCCAGACAUGAGGUGCGCCACAACUGUGCCUGGUCGGGAGAGGGCCCCUGUCUUCCUCACCAGCAACAAUGGUGUGGCCUCUAAUGUUCGUAUGGCGAAUGCUCUGGGAUUCCAGAAGGACGUUGCUCUGCCCAGAUGCGCGCAGGUCCUCAAGAUGUACGAGGAUGAGGACGACCACCUGUAAUUGUGAAGAGUUUGACACUGCUCGGCGAGCUAUAUAUUUACCUAGUGUCUGAACUGUUAUGGAACCUCUAUAUCUAGCACUAAGACCAACAUUGUUGUUGUCACUUAGUUUAGCGCUUUGAGUAUGUAUGUUUAUCUGCAGUUGAACUGCGAAUGUUAUCAGCUACAGAAUCUACGUGGCUAAUAAAAUGCGGUUGUCUGAUA